UGUAUAUUUAUUAAUUGCUUUAUUGGUUUAUACUUGCAAAUAGAUUGUUUUGCGGCAUCACCUCAUUGGAAUUUGCGCGUGGUGGAAAUGGAAUCUCUCUCCUCAGCACCGCCACAAACCCAUCCCGGAAGUGACACCAUCAGUUUUCACAUUUCAGGAAAAGCAUCAGCAUCUUCAAUGCUUUGACAACGGGGGUUGAAGAUAUUUCCACAACCACGUUUGGACUGACACAUUUUGGCUUUCAAAACACAAUUUGUCGCAGUUUGGAUUCGUAAGACAGUUCGGACAAAUGAAGUGACAAACAGGAUAUGAUGUCAUCGUUCCAGGUGGUGGGCUCUUUGCCCAGCAGUGUCAUCGGCGUCAUGGAAACAUCAAACUUUGCCCAUGUCAUCUUCCAAAAUGUUGGGAAGAGCUUCCUGCCCCAGGAGGCCCUGGAGUGUUGCUACACCCUCACCUCGUACAUCACCCCCAACCCCAAAGACUGGGUGGGAAUAUUUAAGGUGGGUUGGAACACAGCGAGGGAUUACUACACCUUCCUGUGGUCUCCCAUGCCGCAAGACUACCAACCUGGAAGCACCGUACACAGGGCUGUGGUGUUCCAAGGGUACUAUGUUCCCAAGAGUGAUGGGGAGUUUUAUCAGUUCUGUUACGUCACACACACGGGUGACAUCAGAGGCGCCAGCACACCUUUCCUGUUUCGCCCGGCCACGCCCACCGAGGACUGUCUUACCGUUACCGAGGAUGACAGCAACUCAGACAUUCUGGUGGUGACCACCAAGAGCAGUGUGCUGGAGCAGCGUGUAGAGGAGGCGCAGCAGGAGCGCAGGGAGCUGUUGAAGACCAUGCACCACCUGCAAGAGGAGAAGCAGCAGCUGCAGGAGGAGCACAGGAGGCUGCACAGAGAGAGAGAGCAGGAGAGGGAGACCUGCAGCCUGCUACGCACACACAACCAGGAGCUGCUACGCUCCUCCCAGGGCCUGUCAGAGGAGAGGGAGGAGGUGAGGAGGAGACUGCAGGAGGCCACAGACCGGGUCAGACAGCUGGAGGAGGACCUACUGGGAGUCACACAGAGAGGACUGCAGAAAGAGACCGAACUGGACUGUCUGAGAGACAGGUUAAAGAAGCUGACAGCAGAUAGAGACACUCUGGAGACCCAACUGAAGAAUGAGAAGGACGAGAGGGACCUUUACAAGGUCCACCUGCGUAGCACGGAGCUAGAGAACACUAAGCUGAGUGCAGAGCUGCAGAUGCUGAAGGCUGUGGAGCUCAACAGAGAAGUGACCAUCGCUCAGUUCCAGGAAGAACUGGACAGGCUCCGAGCCUGCGUCACUCAGAAAGAUCGCCUGGAGAAAGAGCUGCACACACACGCUGUCGACAAGGCUGAGAUGGGUCGUCUGAGGGAGAAGCUUCGCCAGGCCGAGGAACAGCUCCAGGCGUCUCGCCAGCAGGCCGCCAUGUUGGUGUCAGAGCUCCGCGACUCAGCGAGUGCCCGCGACCGCACCAUGACCGAGCUGUACCGCGCCCGCCUGGAGGUCGACGCCCUCCGCGCCAGCCUGGCCGAUGCCCAGGCCGAGUGCCGGCGAAUGGAGACGCAGCUGGACCGCAUGAGGACCACCUCCCAACAGGAAGUGGGUGUGGGGACCUCCAGUGAGGGGGGGUGUGUGGUGUCUGAGGCGGAGGCUGAGCUACAGAGAGAAGUGGAGGAGCUGAAGCUGCGUCUCCACAUGGCCGCUGAGCACUACAAGGAGAAGUACAGGGAGUGUCAGCGACUCCGCAGGCAGGUGGCCAAGCUCAGCGAGGCCCAGGGGGAGUCAAAGAGAAACGCUGCUACUGAGACGACACAGGAGCCACUGACACCCAGUCCAGAGUCACCUACAGCAGGCAAUCUGGCUGCAGCUGUGCUGAGAGGAGACACUGAGAGGCCUGCUGUCCCUAACCGCAGUUACAAAGACAGGGAACACACAUACACCAAUACAUUCUCAGGCAUGGAAACCAUGAGAGUAGGGGAGAAGGAGUGGAAGGGGAGAAAUGGGGACGAGAGGGAAGUGAGUGGAGGAGAGGAAGGGAAAGAAGAGGGGAGUGUGGAAGAGGAGAGGAAGAAGGACAGGAGUGUAGGAGGUGAGUUCAUGAGCAUGAAGAUGGAGAGUUGGGUGGAGGUGGAGAAUGAGAGGAGGAGUGCUGAAGAAGUGGAUGAGAGGAGGAGUGUGGAGGAGGUAGAGAAAGAGCAGACUCGUUCAGUGGAGGAGGAGCUGGCGAGGAUGGAGGAGAAGUGGGCGGAGCAGUGUGCUAUCAACGAAACGCUCAAACAGAGACUGGCCAAUGAGGAGGAGCGAUUCAGGAUCCAGAUGGCAGAGAGGGCCAUAGAGGUGACAGAGCUGAAGGAGAGUCUGGCUCAGGCCCUCAGAGAGAAGGACCAACUCAAGGAGGAGCUGCAUCAGUGUCAGGACCGACAGAGGGAGCAGGAGGCUGAGGGUCAGGGGUCAGAGGUCAAACAGCCUGUGUUGCUACGCUACCCCCUGCCCUACCCCCAGGACCCCUCCCCACCCCCCCUGGUACCCCAGAGACCUGCAGAAUUGCAGUACGGGAACCCCUACUCCACCGACAAUACUCGAGACGGGGCAGACGGUGCCCUGUCCCCUGAGCAGAUGCCCCGCCCCCCUCCCGAGGCCCCUGGUGCAUGCGCCCCUCCGGCCACCCCCCCGACCCCUGGUGCAGGCUGGGAGAGAGAGGUGGUCUGCAUCCAGCCCUCCUCACGAAGCAUGAGCCCCCCCGACGGACUGGAGCACCUCCCUGAGGAGCCACGCAACGUCGGUGAUGGGGAGCAGCCUGCCUGCAAUCAUCAGUCCAGCAGCAGACGCAACGACAACAGGAGCAGCUUCUGUUUUGACCCCAGUAAUGAAGUCCACAAGCGCUGUCCGUUGUGCGAGGUGAUCUUCCCGCCCCACUUUGAGCAGCGUAGCUUUGAGCAGCACGUGGAGAGCCACUGGAAGGUGUGUCCCGUGUGCUCUGAGCAGUUCCCGCUCGACUGCCAUCAGCAGCUCUUCCAGAAGCACGUGCUCACACACUUUGAUGGCCAUGUGCUAAACUUCGACAACAUGGAGUAGCGGGAGGUUGGUGUGUGUAAAAGGGAAGGUUGGAUUAAAUUAAAAUAAUUCUAGGAACAUGUGCACAAAUUGGGGUUUGGGAUGAUUUCAUUUAAACUCUGACUAGGAGGGGAGAUUACAAAUCAUCACAUCAAUUGAAAAAUAAUCUGGGGAAAAUUACUCUUUUAAAUGUUCUGAAUUUAAAUGGAAUUAACUUCAAUCCUGGCCUCACAUGCUACCUUUCAGUUAAGUAAAGGUUAAAUCAUAAAUAAAUGCUAC